AAUUGUGUUUUGUUAUUAUUUUUAAUGUGAUAUUCAUUUGUUUUUCUUAACAAAUUAUUAGAAUGGAAACGUCUAAUACAGCAGUAACAAAUGAAAUUACGAAAGAGCAAAGUCUACGAGCUUUAGCAUUAUCUUUACCCAUUGAAGAAAUGUUAGGGUCUGUAACAACGUACAAUAUCGAUGGGUAUGAUCAAUCGUCAGGAAAAGGACAUCAACAAUUAAGAACAAGUGCUCGUGUUAUCAAAAAGUUAAAAUUGGAUUCAACGCCAACUAGUGAGAAAGAUAAAAAAUUCAAAUUGGAUUCAGGAUAUUCUUGUGAUAAAGAUGGACACUCAAGCAAAGAAGACGAUAGAACAUCAGAAGUGAAACAAAAAAUAAUUCGACCGAAAGUUGUUUGGUCACCGGAGGAUAAAUCACAUUUUUUUGAAGCAAUUAAAGAAUAUGGAAAAGAUUUUGCGGGUAUCCAUGAUUAUAUUCUUGCCAAAUACAAGAAAUUGGGUGUAGGUGAAAGUCAAAUAAAAACUAAGGAUCAAAUUCGUCAUUUUUAUUAUCGUACCUGGCACAAAAUUUCAAAAUACUUAAAAUUUUCAGAUGAGGUGAAAAAGGUCGUACAAGAAUAUUAUGCAUUGAUAAAUUACGGAGAAUUAAGGCGAAAAAUCGGGAUAUCCAGUGAGAAGACAUGUGUGAAAUUAAAUGAGUUGAUUUACAGAGGGUCCACGCAAAUACGCAUCAAGGGCAAAACUAUUCGAAUUAAAACACCCAUGUGUCGAGCAUUACGAAGGAUCAACCAAAUUGAUGAUGGAGCUGGAGAAUUUAAAUUGCCAGCACAAGUGGUUGUCGAAUUAAAGCCACGUGAUAUGGAAUCAUGGAUGUAUGUACAAUCAAUGAGUCAAAAUCCACGGGUUCAUUGUACAAUUCCGUUACAAAAACGUUUAAAUGCUUUAUUGUCAUGUUUAGAUUCAAGAUGGCGGACGCAUGAACAAAUUAAUUUGGAGAAAACUAUAAAUGGACAACAAACAACGAGCCCAGAUGGCGUAGCAACAAAUGGAGAUGAUAAAAAAUUUUUAUUGGAUCCAAUAUUAAGAGUAGCUCCAAAACUAGGUGCAUCUAUACAAAUCCCCACUGUAAAUUAUUCCGAACUAAUAAAUACUCAUCAAGUGUCGUUAAAUGCAUACGAGGAACGUAUGGGUAUAAAAAAUCGUGGUGAACCAAUUUGGCUCGCGUCUAUAAACAGUUUAAAAGCAAUGGAAAGAUCAUUACCACUAAAAAAAGGUACAAAACGUGCGCGAAACGAUAGUGUUGGUGAUAAAACGACAGAAAAACCACCGAUAAAAAAAGAAAAUAUUGAAGAACUUAGUGGUAAAACUAAAAUUGUUGAUUCCGAUGUAAAUACGAUAUUAGCUUUAAGUCAUGGUAACGUUGAUGAGAAAAAAGAAGUGGAAACAGCAACAACAUGUUCAAAUGAGAAUCAGAAACAACAAGUUCCAAAUAAUGUGAAAAUUGAAGUGGAAGAAUCUGUGACGAAAAUUGAACAUUUAAAAACAAUUGAAAAUGUACGGAAUGGUUGGACAGUUAACGAUACAGAUUCAAUUACAAUUGGAGAAUUGUAUUUAAUGAUGGGGAACAAUUCGAAAAUUGAAUUAGAAUAUUGGUGGGAAAUACCACAAAUUAAACAAGAAAAUGGAGAAGUUGUUGAUACAAAGUGUACGCAACUGACAACUGCGUUACAAAAAUUAUUAUCGUUAGCUAAAUUAUAUUAUCGUAAGGAAAAAAUUGAGUGUCCGUGUGGCCAUGUAUGCGGUGCAACGAAUAAUAAUCGAUCGAUGAAUGUAUCUAGAAAUAAAACUGUACCUGCUUAUAAUAAAAAUAUGCAUAAAAUUGAAACGAGACCAAAUUUACCGGAAACAACGACUAUGGAAGAAAUUUCACUCACAAGUAAAAAUACAGUCAGUCAAGGAGAAGAUGGCAUAUUUAGAUUACCUGUACCAUUUAAUGCAGCAGCUCGUCAAAAUAGUGCCUUAGAAGCAUUCAAAGCGAAAUUAGAUUCGUUGAAACCAAAGUUUUGCUAUAGGCGAGGUCGUACAUUUCGUAAUAAACAAGUGGUCGUUCAGCGUACACUUCCAUUACUACCAAAAUCCGGUGCAAACGAUACAUCAAUUUUACAAAUGAAAGUUAUACCAAAAUUCCAAUCGAUGCAUCAAAAAAUUGAACCGACAUAUGUUCAAUCAAAACCAACACAACAUUCAAUUGCAUUGAGUCCCAUACGAAUUGAAUCUGUUGAUGAUGGAUCUAUACCAGAUGAAGGAUGCAGUUCAACGGAGUCAACUGAUGAUAAUGUUAAGGAUGGAAUGGUCUCAGAUAAUAAUUCAUCACAAAAUAUUACAGAUGGUAGUACUGUUGAAUUAUCAAUGCCUCCACCUUCACCAACGCCCUCAACAAUAAGCACUUUGUUAGAUUUAGCAAUCUCAGACUCAGAUAAAUCUGAGGAACCUUGCUCAAUUAGUAAUAAUGUAUUAUUAGAGAAUCCAAAUUCUUCCAAUUUUAGUGGUUUUUUAUCGGAAAAUGUUAGAGGUAUAGAGACACCACUAUCUGCAAGUCCGUCACGAUUACUUAAAGAAGAUGAUGCCCAUUGGUUAAAUUCAGAAGUUGCUGAUUUUUCCUUAUCUAGUUUUUUGGGUCAUUUAGAAUCUCCUAUUAAAACCACAGUCCCAAACAAUGAUGAUAGUCGAAUGUCUCAGGAUAUGGAAGUACAAUUACAAUCAUUAAUGAAUGAAAACAGUAUUGAUUAUAUGGCAAAAUUUGCGGAUCUUGCUGCUCAAAUGGCAUCAGAUAAUCAAAAAAAGUAAUAAUUAGCGCU